GCGAUGGUAUUAGCACGGGCCAAUGAUCUAUGAUUCGGAAUGUUUAUAAACACAACCCACCGAGGAUUUUACCAUUGAUACACCUACACCCAAAGUAGUACGUCUGAUCAUCAUAUAUAUAUAUGCAUAUAUAUGAUCCAUAUUUUCUCAACAGAACAGUUGUCUUUGAGAGGGUCACUGACAAGCCGUGGUGGUUGGAGUGUCCAUACAUGUCCCCGUGAAUUGCACGAGUAGAGGGUGCCCUUGCCGUCUUCUCCAAAAAAUGUUGUGCUGAGACACUCCAGCGGUAAUGGCAAGGACCUCUCCUAUGGAUACGUAAAUAUGCCGAGUUUUAGACCAGGAAAAUGUUUUCAUAAAACUCGAGAAAUUCUGCAGCUGAUACGGAAGUGAAAAAAAAAACACCAUGACUAGAUCUGUUUGCGACAGAAGAUUGGACAGAAUUAAGAAAGAACUUUGAAGUGCUGAAGCCACUCCUUCUUGUAUUGCCUGGAGUGUUGACCGAGCGUGUUGUCCUUCCAUUCUUUCCACCAUGCCAUUAGUCAUUAAGAGGACUUCAUUCCACUCUUCUCAAGAUAAAUCCUUGGGCCGAUCGAAGAGUUCCUUUCUUAGACGAUAUAGCGAUGAUUCCUGUAAACUGGAUACGUACCAGGAGAAUCCCGAAGCCCUGCUGAUGUCGUCACUUGGGAGCAGCAAGAAAGCAAAGGACAGACUGAUUAGCAAUACCGUGAAGCAGCCUGAAAGUAGGAUCCAAACCGGGAAUGUGGCUUGUACCGGUACGAAAAAAACAAACACGGACGUCAAAUCCAUUCUAAAGAAGCAAAAUUCUCUGGAAAGAAUCAAUUACUCGAAUUUGUUUUCUUUACUCACUGCCGAAUGUAACAACGGUUCCAACGAACGGAAAACAGACGACAACAAGGAUUCAGAUGGGGUGUCGUUUCCUGUACCAAUACGCUCAGCGCCAACCAAGGCACAGAACACUAGGAGAGUCAGAUUUAACGAGAACGUCUCGUUUCGAUUUAGUGAAUCUGACGCAAUUUGUUUGCUAGAGGAUUGUUUUGCGGAGGUGAACGAAGCGGACUGUGUGACCUUGGAGAGCGUGCGUCAUCUAGAUGCUGAGCAAACGGUACAUAACGAAGCAACAUGGCGGCAUAAUGAAAAAUCGGAUACCAAAUUACCAGAUGCUUCACAAAGACUUGUUCAAGAAAGGACAAAAGCGAAAAAGGACAUUCGUGUGGAACCAGUCCCCAAGCGCACCAGGCUUUCUUCGUGCGGGAAUUUCAUGGUUCCGUCAAAAACAGCUUGGGCUAAAACGGACACCACUCCCAUCUCAGAUGAGCCCCACACAAAAAAAUCGGUCGAUCGGAAACUGCGAGCCAAUAUCCCAGUCUGUGGGAGAAGUUUAGAUCGCUCUAAAACAGACAUGGGCUUGGUCAGUUACAAAGAUGUCCAGUCGAAGUUACGACGUAUGGGAUUUCUAGAUUUUAAUAAUACACUGAGCGGACGAAAAAAUGAUAAAACUAAUCCCAAAUUCGCGUAUUGUGCUGAAAAUGACAAACGUAACAAAUGUAGAUACUCUACUGUUCGAGAGGAAUUCUACGACAUCCGCCAUAACAGUCUAGACGAGAUCUCGCCUGUCAAACACGUGACUGGCACAUGUGUGGAGGCGGGAGUCCGUUCCCUAGGUGACGAAUAUGCACUAUUCCUCAAAGGGCGCUACAAGGUGGAUGACAUAACGUGCUCGUGAAAUCGAUGCAGUGUCAGUCUACAGCUAUAAAUAAUACGGUAUUGUUUGGUGCUGAAAAUGGCAAUGAGGUAGAACUUGAAAAACCACAAUGUAUCACGAGCACAAGCGGAAAUGUAUUAUAUGCAUGUACCUGGUACAACUUUCUACGCAAAUGUUGUGCAUUUUUAUUUGUGUUCUCUUGCUAUAAAAUUAGAUUUGUCAUUAAAACAAGCCAGGAGCACAAUCUGAUCAAUUGUAUAUUGUACAAGGUGUGUUAAAUGACUAAUUUGUAGCCACAUUAUGAGAAAUGACGAGCAUAACUCUUCGUUGUGGACUUCACAGUGGAAUAACGACCACGCUGGUCCUCACACUACCCCCCCCCCCCUCCCAAAUAUGUCUUUUUACAAAUCAUGCUGUUGUUCCAUACAAUAUCAUUAUUUAGAAAAACUUGUCCUCACUCCCACCCAUUGUAUCAUCAUUCAAAUUAAUCGAAUGUCAUAAAUAUCAAAUAUCUUUACAAAAUUUUAUUUUGUUCAUCCUUUAUAUCUUAUAACUAACGACAUGAAUUAAACCAUUACUUUUUCCACUUCUUUU